GCGGACCAGCUGCCCUCAAAGCCCCCUGACCUGGUGUGGAAGUGGCGAAGGAUUCCUGAUGCUCUGGACCUGCCGUGCGCUCUGCUCCCAAGCUGGCCCCUCCCCUGGGGGCUGGAAGCCCCUGAGCUUUGAUGGUGGGGCCUUCCACCUCAAGGGCACUGGAGAACUGACCCGGGCUUUGCUGGUGCUACGGCUGUGUGCCUGGCCCCCUCUGGUCACCCACGGCCUGGCGCUCCAAGCCUGGUCUCAGCGACUCCUGGGGUCCCAGCUCUCGGGCGCGCUUCUGCGAGCAUCCAUCUACGGGCAGUUCGUGGCUGGUGAGACCACAGAGGAGGUGAGGGGCUGUGUCCAACAGCUCCAGACCCUAGGCCUCCGGCCCCUGCUGGCGGUGCCCACUGAGGAGGAGCCAGACUCAGCUGUCAAGACUGGCGAGGCCUGGUACGAGGGGAACCUCAGAGCUAUGCUCCGAUGCGUGGACCUGUCACGAGGCCUCCUGGAGACCCCUGGCCCGACCGGAAACAUCCUCAUGCAGCUGAAGAUUACGGCGCUGAUGAACACUCGCCUCUGUAAGGAGCUAACCUCGCGGGUCCGAAGGCCGGGGGGUUCCUUGGAGCUGAGCCCUGAAAGACUGGCAGAAGCCAUGGACUCUGGGCGGGACCUCCAGGUCUCCUGCCUCAACGCCGAGCAAACCCGGCAUCUCCAGGCCUCCUUGAGCCGUUUGCACCGGGUGGUACAGCACGCCCGGGCCCAGCAUGUGAGGCUCCUGGUGGAUGCUGAGUACACCUGCCUGAACCCUGCACUCUCUCUGCUGGUGGCCGCUCUGGCCACUCGCUGGAACAGCCCCAGGGAAGGCGGGCCCUGGGUGUGGAACACUUACCAGGCCUAUCUGAAGGACACCUACGAGCAGCUGAGGCGGGAUGCUGAGGCCGCAGACAGGGCUGGCCUGGCCUUCGGGGUGAAGUUGGUACGAGGGGCGUAUCUGGACAAGGAGAGAGAGGUGGCCCAGCUCCAGGGUACCGAAGAUCCCACUCAGCCUGACUACAAGGCUACCAAUCAGAGUUACAGCCGCUGUCUGGAGCUGAUGCUGACCCAGGUGUCCCAUCGUGGCCCCAUGUGCCCCCUCAUGGUGGCGUCCCACAAUGAGGAUUCUGUUCACCAGGCGACCAAGCGCAUGUGGGAGCUGGGCAUUCCUCUGGAUGGGCCUGUCUGUUUUGGACAACUUCUGGGGAUGUGUGACCAUGUCUCCUUGGCACUGGGGCAGGCUGGCUAUGCCGUGUACAAGUCCAUCCCCUAUGGCUCCCUGGAGGAAGUGAUCCCCUACCUGAUCCGGAGGGCCCAGGAGAACCGAAGUGUACUGCGGGGUGCCCGCAGGGAGCAGGAGCUGCUCAGCCAGGAACUUCGGCGGAGGCUGCUGGGGCGGGGCCUGAGGGUACCCCAUUAGCACCCCCAGGGGUCAUACGGUCAAUAAAGGUCCUGAGCUGCUGCCCAGGCAGCUGCCCUGUA